AUGGACGUGAAAUCCGUGCCUUUACCGCCUGGUCAGGUACGCCAGGUACGCCAGGCACGCCAGCCACCUCAUCGAUAUGCUCGGUGGGGAUUGCCCCUGGCUGCUGCGGUAUUGAUUCUUUUAGUCUGGCCUGUCCCAUUACCUUCGUGGAACGUGGUUGAGCCUUUCGUUCCAGUCACCUGGGACGAAAUUGUUCCUUCGCAAUCGCUGGAGUACCACAACUGCGGUGAUGAGUUCCAAUGCGCACGACUGGAAGUGCCUAUGGAUUACCAGAGGACAGAUGGAAAAGGUCGCACCUUCGCCCUGGCUGUUGUCCGACUGCCAGCCAAGGUUCCAGUCACAGAUCCGCGGUAUGGAGGCGCAGUUCUGAUCAAUCCCGGUGGACCGGGUGGACCGGGAACAAUGCAAGCGUUCGUGGCAGGUCGAAAUCUCCAGCUAAUUGUUGAUGCGGAGGCCGACCCAACAGAAACCAGAGAAGAGACUGGCAACAAAUAUUUUGAUAUCAUCGGAUUUGAUCCUCGCGGAGUAGGAUCUACAACACCUCCAGUGAUGUGUUUCCCUGAUCCCGUAUCCCAAAGGAACUGGGAGCUGCAAGUCUCUGCGGAAGGCAUACUGGGAAGUGGAUCGGAUUCCUUGCAGAGAAAUUGGCAGCGGACCGAAGCGCUGAACUCGGGUUGUUCUGUAUUCGAUAUGUCGAGUCCAGGAACAGACGAGCCAAUGAUGUCCUAUGUCAAUACGCCGCUCGUCGCACAGGACAUGCUGACCAUCAUCGAACGUCAUGGAGAAUGGCGUGAGAAGGAAGGACAACGAGCGCAGACAGCUCACAAUAAGUGCCAUGGGCUGGAUGAAGGAGACACAAUCUUGGAACGCACUCAAUGGCGUCGCGGAGAAGAGCCAUUGCUUUAUUGGGGUCGCUCAUACGGUACCCUGCUGGGAACUACCUUUGCCUCGCUCUUCCCAGAGCGAGUCACACGAGCUGUUCUCGAUGGCGUAGUCGACAUGGUGAAGUACUACCAAGGAACAGGACCGAAUGUUAUUUCCGACGCAGAUGCCAUCUUUGAUCGAUUUGCCCAGUACUGUAAUGAAGCUGGACCCGUGGGAUGCCCCUUCUAUAUGGAGGGUGGUCCAGACUCCAUCAAGGCAGCAUACUGGGAACUUGAACGGCAGAUCCUCAACACCUCAAUCCCUGUCAUGGCAUCUGCAGAACGGGGACCAGAAGUUGUGACUUGGACAGAUAUCAAAGAGAUCCAGCGCCUUGCCAUCUACCAGCCACUCCUUACCUUCCCUUUCCUGGCAGAAAGAAUGACUGAGUUGGGCAAAGGGAAUGCCGUUCCCAUGGCUGACUUCAAGCAUGGUAGGCACUUCGGUGCAUGCCCUUCCAACAAAUGCAGUCUUGCUGGACCUUGGUCGCCAGAAUGUGCUACAUCGCAGGAUAACGUGAUCUACGCUAUGGCUGCUAUUAUGUGCUCGGAUGCCGAAUAUUUGACAACUAUGAAUACUGAGCAGUUCCAAGCGCAAUGGUCCAGUCUUCUGGCUGACAGUGCAGCUCUGGGUGAUUAUUGGGCGCAAUUGCAACUGAGCUGUGUUGGAUGGAAAGCCAAGGCUAAGUAUCCUUUUGCAGGGCCGUGGGGCGCCUCUACCGCUUAUCCGAUGCUAUUUGUAUCAAAUACUCUGGAUCCCGUGACUCCUCUCCACAGUGCCCAGCACAUGUCCGAGAUUUUCCCAGGAUCUGGAUUGCUCCAGCAAGAAUCAGAAGGACACACAACACUCACAGCCCCAUCAAUCUGCGUGGCGAAGGCUAUUCGCCAUUACUUCCAAACUGGCACACUGCCAGUGGUAGGAACUUUGUGCCAAGCCGACCUGAAGCCAUUGCUUGGAUCUCCGCAUCGUCACGACACGAUCAGCCAAAGCUUUAGCCCAGCCGACCGUAAGCUGUUUGAGGCAUUGAUGGCGGAGGUUCAGCGGGCGCCUCUGUUUCCUCUUUAA